AUGAUGUGGCUGAUCACAGCGGCCCUCUUCGUGGCUCAUCUUAGCCCUGCUGGGUCAAAGCGCAUCUUGGUCCAUGACCUUGCAGCAGAAAAAUCUGCGCAUUCGUGGCGGGAUGAUUUGGAAGACCUGCUUGAGGAGGCACGAGGUAUGAUGAAAACAGCUAGACGCAAGCUGGUCGAGGGUGACGCGAAGGCGCUCGACCUUGCAGCCAAGUGGUUUGGUCCGCAAGUUGCGUGGGACCCAAGUGUGAAGAAGGAGCUCUUAAGGGUGAUGAAGUCUACCACAAACGUCUUGAGCAAUUUCAAGGCCGUGAAGAAGACUUGCGACAAGGACACCUUCGCAUAUGUUUUUCCGGAGAAGUUCCCCAAGCGAGGCCUCUACGAAAUGAUCUUGUGCCCAUUGUACUUCAAUUCGAACCACAAGGUGCAGCUCGAAACCCUCAUUCAUGAAGCAUCUCACCACAAAAAGGCCUUGCUGGAUGAUGUCUGUAUGGACAGCAUUGAAGGACGCGGUCGUCACCAGCACGAAACCAAGGAGUUUGUCGUGAUGAGCCAGAAUCUGGUGAAGAAGUACGCAGGAAUAGGGCCGGUCUUUCCGGACUUGCAGUUCGACCUUGACGUUGGUGCGGUGGCAAAUUACGUCUACUUUGUUGACCCAGUGACGCUUGAAAUUCUUGAGGAUGACGGCGAGGAUGAUGAGGAUAAGUACGUUUCCAAUGCCUACGACGAAGAUGAUGACUACGAUGAUGAGGAUGAAGACGAGGAUGAAGACGAGGAGGAGGAGGAGGAGGAAGAGCCUGCGGUUGUUCAUCGUAUCGUUGAUUUGAAGGUGGGUGGCAAGGUUAAGAAAAACAUGGCCUUGGUUCAGCUCAACCCCGCCGAUGACUGCGAUGACAAGGCUUAUGGGCGCAAGGAGUGCGCCAGCAUGGCAAAAGUGAGUCCGGUGAAGGCUCUACGCAAUGCUGACAACUUCUGUUACUUUGUGGUGGAUGCCUCGUCGGGGGGCUCUUUGCUGGAGGAACUCGCGACAAACAAUGCAACGAGCAUGGGCAUGCACUGCGACUGUGAUCUUGCUGCCAGCGGCAAGAACUUCCAGGUGGCAUACCAAGCAACUCAUGGCGUGGAGUCGAAGGCCCCACUACGCAGUGCACGGGCCACGUAUGCAAGGAUUUGUGGAUGCUAG